CUGCAAGCCCUGGAUUCAGCGUAUGCGGAUGUGCUGGAGGCUCGGAAGAGGAUGCACCACGACGAUUUGGUCACGUUGAAGGCAGCUCUCGAGUCGAAGGCCGCGGAGGCAGAGCGCCUACGCCAGCAGCUGCAAGGCGAUGGCCAACAUGGCCAAUGCUUUCAAGAGACCACAGAGGCUGCGUGCUUAGACGGAGACGACCAAGAGGAUCGAAAUGCCCUGGAGGCCGACUGCGCAAGCCUGCAAACCAACCCCCUUCAGGAUGCAGCAUCGGAUGCGGGCUCCAUCUGGGUCCUUUCCAGUGAGGAUGGCGAGACGGCGAGACCUCUCAGCCAUCGUUAG